CCCAUUUCUUCUUAGUCUGCGCUCUGGACCUAAUUUCCAAGCAAAGCUGCUUCGAUUAGCAUCCGUAAGGUUUGUCGCCACUAUCGAAUUAGGCUACUAUGUCUAGGGAACACAAAAGGAUCAUGCUUCUUCUUCAGAGAGCAGCAGACAAGCUAAACCUGGUGGUUCACAACAUUGCAGAGUCUGAGAAAUAUUUCCUGGACAGUGCUGCUGAAUACGGUAACAAGGCAAGCAACCUUGACUCGUCUGAUGAAUCAGGUGUUUCAUGGUAUUUGCAGUGCCAAGAAGCUGCUAAAAAGUAUGCAAAUAUGCGUCAUGUUUCUCUUCGAGUGUUGGCUGACUUGGAUAUUCUCAGAACGAGAGAGAUUGAAGCAAAUGAGGAAAAAGCUCUCACCACCUCGCAAACCUUUAUGUUGUUUCUUUUAGGACUAACUUGCAUCUUCUCUAUCUUUGCUUUCUUUCUCCAAAAACUGACAUAAACUAUAUAUGUGUUGAUGAAGACCAAAACUCCUCUGUCGUUCGAUGAUGUUGUUUGUUGUUUGUUGUCUCCAGGUUCUUAGACAUUUUGUCUUCUGUUUGUUGUCUCCUAGGUUUCAUAACUAUUAUUGUACAUUAUUGGUAAUGUAUGCACCUUUUUAAUA